CAAUGGCCACGAAACAGCUGAAGGAGUUCACGAGGGAGGAGGUUGCGAAGCAUAACAAGCAGGGAGACUUGUGGAUCAUCAUCGAUGCCAAGGUCUACGACGUAUCGCGCUUUCAAGAUCUCCACCCGGGAGGCGCCAGCGUCUUCUUCAACGACGAUAUCCCCGGCGACGACGCUACGGAAGCCUUCUACGGCCUGCACCGGCACGAGGUUCUCGAGAAACCGCAGUACGCGCGCCUCGUCAUCGGCACGAUCAAGGAUGAGAAGUCGGUCGUCCUCGGACACCAACCCGGCGAGCUCUCGGAGGUGCCGUACGGCGAGCCGACGUGGCUGACGAAGGGAUACCAUAACCCGUACUACAAGGAGAGCCAUCGGAAGCUGCAGCAGGCGAUGCGCAAGUUCGUGGACGAGGUGAUAUAUCCGGACGCGCAGGCACGGGAAGAGGACGGGAAGCGGCCCAGUCAGGAAGUAUUCGAUAAGAUGGCUGAAAUGGAGAUUCAUGCUAUGCGCAUGGGUCCGGGCAAGCACCUGAAGGGACGGAAGCUCAUGGGCGGCAUCGUCUCACCCGAAGAAUACGACUACUUCCACGAGCUCGUGGUCACCCAAGAACUGACCCGCAUCGCCGCUCGCGGAUACGGCGACGGCCUCCUCGGCGGCAAGGUCAUCGGUCUCCCGCCUGUGCUCAAUUUCGGCUCUGAGGAGCUGAAGGCGCGGAUCGUGCCCGACAUUCUCGCCGGCAAGAAGUUCAUCUGCCUUGCGAUUUCGGAAGCAUUCGCGGGAAGCGACGUUGCCGGGUUGCAGACGACGGCGAAGAAGACGGAGGACGGCAAGUUCUGGAUCGUGAAUGGAACGAAGAAGUGGAUCACGAACGGAACGUUCGCAGACUACUUCACGGUCGGGUGCAGGACCGACGACGGUUUCACGAUGAUACUUAUCGAGCGCGGUGACGGCGUGGAGACCAAGUCGAUUAAGACCUCGUACUCGCCCACGGCCGGCACGGCCUACAUUACGUUCGAGAACGUUAAGGUGCCCGUCGGGAACACGCUCGGCCCGGAGGGCGGAGGACUCUUCGUUAUCCUCAGCAACUUUAACCACGAGCGCUGGGUGAUGUGCUGCGCGUCCGCGCGGAGCCAGCGCGGUAUCGUGGAGGAGUGCCUGAAGUGGUCGAACCAGCGGAAGGCGUUCGGGAAGCCGCUCAACUCGCAGGCCGUCGUGAGGCACAAACUCGCGGACAUGAUCGCGCGCACGGAGGCGAUCCAGAGCUGGCUGGAGAACGUGACGUACCAAAUGUGCAACAUGUCCUACAAAGAGCAAGCGGUCAAGCUUGUGGGCCAGAUUGCCUUCCUCAAGUCGUACUCAACCCGAUCCGCGCAAGAGACCGCGCGCGACGCCGUCCAGCUGUUCGGUGGACGCGGUAUCACGCGCAGCGGCAUGGGCAAGUUCAUCGAGCAUUAUCACAGGACAGUGCCGUUCGAUGCGCUCCUGGGUGGUGCGGAAGACGUGCUGGGUGACCUCGGUGUGCGGCAGGCGAUCAGGGCGAUCCCGAAGAACGCGCGGUUGUGAGUAUGGCGGUCGGGUCGGAAGUGAAGAGGGAGAGUUAUAACAACUCGACGACAUAUUCAUGCUAUACUUAUUGUCUUCGUGUUACUGUAUCAAUAAUCUGC